AUGUCUUUUAAACCUGUCGAAAUAUCGGGAAAGUUUGGAUUUGGGACAAUGUCCAUGACUUGGACACCAACGCCACCACCAGCACAACAAUCCAUUGAUACCUUGAAAUUUGUGACAUCACAUCCAAAAUUUGGAACUAAAUUGAUCAAUGGUGGUGAAUUUUAUGGUCCAGAUUUUGCUAAUUUGAAAUUAUUAAAACAAUUUUUAGAAGAAAAUGAUCCUGAAGAAAAUAAACAAUUGAUUAUAUCUAUUAAAGGAGGUGCUGAUAAUGAAACAUUAAAACCAAAUGGUACCAAAGAGUUUGUUUCAAAAUCAAUUGAAAACAUUGUAUCAUUUUUCCCUAAACAAAAACAAAACAGACCAAAAUUAUUAUUUGAGAUGGCCAGAGUUGAUCCUUCUGUUCCCUAUGGAGAAACUAUUGGUUAUAUCAGUGAAUAUGUGAAACUGGGUGUGAUUGAUGGUAUUUCUUUAUCUGAAGUUGGUAAAGAAUCCAUUCAGGCUGCUUUGAAAGUAUUUCCAAUAUCAUGUGUUGAAUUAGAAUUGUCAUUGUUUUCACAAGAAGUUAUUACCACUGGUAUAUUGGAAGAAUUGUCAAAGCACAACUUGCCACUCAUUGCUUAUUCACCAUUGUGUCGUGGUCUUUUAACAGAUUAUGCAGUUGAGAAUUCAGAUACAUUUUUGGCAUCAAUCCCACAAGGUGAUAUUAGACAUCAUUUGGACAAAUUUCAACCAGACACUUUUAACAAAAACUUGCCCGCUUUAAAGGAAUUAUACAAGUUUGCUCAUGAAGUUAAAAACACAACUUUGGAAUCUUUGGCAUUAUCAUGGAUUGUUACAGUUUCGGAAGCAAGAAAUUUCCGAGGCAUUGAAAAAGUGACCAGAAUUUUACCAAUUCCUUCUGGAUCAACUAAAAAGAGAGUUGAGUCAAAUUUUGGAAGUUUAAUAGAGUUGACUGAUGAUGAUUUACAAUCAAUCGAUGAAAUUUUUGCCAAAUAUCCAAUUAGUGGGUUGAGAUACAAUCAAUUUCUCGAAGGAACUCUUUUCCAAUAG